AGAUUGCAGUAGUCGCUGCUGCUGCUGUUCGCACCGUUGCCUAUGCUGAGAGAGAUGUGUCGAGUGUGUGUCGUAGGGGUAUCGGUUCGGAAUAUCGUUUUAUGGAUAAGAUUUCGGAGAUAUUAGUAAUGUAGUGUUUUGAAAUUCAAGGUCAGCUUUGUGAUAAAUGGAAUGAGUCUAAUUUUUUAUGAUGGACUGGUCUAUUUCGUCAUAAGCAUUAUCUGACAUUGAUGUGCCACUGAUGGACCUUAUCGCAAAUAUAAAAUGGGAUUUUCCUAGACGUAGUAAGCUUUGAUAGUUCAGUUUGUGUCGUACUCUUAGUUAGCGAGGUCUACUACUCCUGUUCACGAUGUAUCUCAAACUUAGUUUAAUUUUAUUUUCCGCAGUUUUCUGGUCCGGUGGAAGAUUGGCGGAGUGCGACAGACUUGUGACAGUUGGUGCGGGAUCCUCGGAAACGACUAGCAGGUUAGACCGCCUACUGCCCCAAGAUUACUACGAGAAAAACACAAUCGUCGAAGUCAAUGAUUGUGGUGGAAAUUUGACAGUGGCACCGGGAAAAAUCGAUCUGCUCAUCAAAGAUAACCGACGAUGCACUUGGAAGAUACACGCACCAAGUAGUCAUCACGUUUACAUCGAGGAAAUCACCGUAAAUUAUGAUGUAAAAUUCGAAGAAAGAGGCACACGGGACAACAGCCUUGUUAUAGAUGUAUACGAAGGGGACAGAGUAAACGCGUCCAAGCAAUUGUACAGAUUUGGCAAAGACCAAUUGGACAAUGCGAUUUCGCACGGACGAUACUUGACGAUUAAUAUGAUGCACGAUAACAGGAGUGAAACGUAUAGCAAUCACAGGAUAAUGAUCCUGUUUCACUUUAUCGACCAUCACGACUAUAACAUAAUUAAGGAUGAAAUACUUGGUGGUAAAGACGACUGAGGAGACUCUGUAUUUAGAACUUAAAAUGAAAUAAAUGAAUUUUUUGUAAUUUAAAAAGAU